ACCACAGAUGGUAUCCCUACAUGACAAUGUCACUAUAGUCUGUGAAAUCCCUGGCUCACCCCACCUGGACAUCACGACUGUGGGAAUCAUCUGGUCUUUGAAGAAUGAGUGGCAUGAAGCCGAGGUCCCCAUAUAUGAGUUUUAUGGAAAGCACCUCAAGGCAUUCCGACCUGGAGCCAGUGUGUCAUUGUUGAGGCUAGAACGGGGAGAUGCCUCCCUCCAUCUGCCCAGGAUCGAGCUGAGAGAGGCUGGAGAAUACCGAUGCAAGCUGGUGGUCACCCCUGACCAGGCAGAGGGAAUAACCAGGCUAGAUGUCGUGGCUUACCCAGCCAUGGCACUGUUUGUGGAAGCGGAGCGAAAUGGUGAAGGGCAGCGCAUUAUAUGCGAGCUGGAUGGAUUCUACCCAGAAGCCUUUGCCAUCAAGUGGGGGAGAUGUACCCUGAAGGAUCCCCACUUCCGAGUGAUUACUGACGGCAUCGUCACUGGUCCCACGGUGAAGAAUGAGGAUGGCACCUUCAGUGUUACCAGCUCUUUGGCCCUGAAGCCAGCUCUGCAAGACCGUGGGACUAUCUACCACUGUGUGGUGUCACACAGAUCCUUGCCUGUCCCCAAGAAGCUCAAUCUCACACUGCCCGAGAAAGGGUCUGUGGAGAUAUAUGUUACUAUUGUUUUUCCCAGUGUUCUGCUGGGUUUAGUGCUAGCUUUUUGGCUCUGGAGAUGCUGCUAUGCAGGUGCUGCUACCACUUAGCAGGAACCCUUGAGUGAAAAGGGCACAAAGCCCGUGACUUGGCCUGAAUCUCGCAUCCAUUUCUUCUGUCUUCAUCCUUCAGUGUCCUUCACACGUGGACAGCUCCUUGACAUGGGGUCCAGCCGUUUGACAUGCUGUCAGCUAAGAAAAUUUAAGCUGUAAUUUUUAAAGAUCAAUUUUUAGGAUUGUUUUCUAUGUGAGAUUCUUAAUCAUGAAAACACAGUAUGGCGAAACUUCCAAUGAAAGCAGUCUGCAAGGGGCAUUUCUAGCUCUAAGUGUCUACUAAGAUAAAUAUCUUGACGAUACACCAUAGGGCCUUGGAAAAACAAGCUCAAGCCAAACCUCAAAUCUACAGUUGGAAGGAAUUAAAAUUAAGGCAGAGAUUAAUCAAAUGGAAAUGGAAAAGUAUGUUAAUGACUCCAGAGAGUCCUUUUGUAUCAAAUCCUUACUCAGGCUACUGGCAGAAAGCCAAGCCCCACCUUAAUAAGAUCAGAGAUGAGAAAGGAGCCAUCCAGAAGCUCAGGGAGUCCAGGACAUUCUUUAAAAACAGGCAUUCCACUAAAUUAGAACAUUUUUAAAGUAUUGGAUGAAUGACUUGGUAUAUAUGGUCUUCCAGAGUUAACCCCAGAUGAGAUAAAUAAUUUAAACAGAUCUGUUAGGAGAAGUGAGAUUAUGUAAUGAUAAUAACAGUAAGAGCAACAAUGUCUUCAAACAAAGUAGUGUUCAUCUCUGUCCAAACCAUACAUGGUUCUCUGGACAGCAGAAAAAUAUACAUGCUUCUAACAAAUCUGUAGUUCUUGCUAGGACUCAAAGUUAUGAGUCUAUUCCUUCUGUUUACAGA